AGAGGACGUUUCGAAAAAUAUCAACGGUUUUUAGCUAAAUUAUUUAUGGGAAAACAAAUUAAUUAAAAAUAUAAAACAAAAAAAUCUCCUUAAAAAAAUUAAAAAUAAAUGUGAAAAUUAGCUUUGAAUAAAAAAAAUGACUUUACAGUCGUGUCCUAUUAGCAGCUGUACUAAUGAACCUGAUACUUUGAGUGCGAACAACGAUUCGCUGCAGACCACACCGGAUAGUACGCUACAGAAAUCAACCAGCCUGCAACAGCAGACGCAACAAUUACAGCAGCAGCAAAUAAACCACAUAACCAACCUUCAUACCACAACAACUAAUAUCAACAACAACAACGAUUCACAUCAUCACUCUCACAAUCAUAAUCAUAACCACACUCUCCACAAUAAUACCAAUACGAAUAGUGCUACCAGCGAUACUUCGUCUACAUCCUUUCACCAGCGUUUUGACUUUAGUCAAUUAAAAGCUCGUCUACCGGAACUCAAUUGUCUGCACAGUUUACAACGCUACUGGCAACAGCAUAAUAACGGCGCCAGUGAUCCUAACGAUCCAGCAUCGUUGCAACCAAAAGAUGAUAAUGUUGGUGGCGUUUCAAAUUCCUUUUAUGCCAAUAAUAUUUUAGGUUACACAUUCGGCUAUCAGUUUAGUGGCAAAGACAACACUACAGACAAUAACAGUAAAAGCGAACAGAUACGAGAAACUCCCUUGCAAAAGUUCUACAGACAUCAGCAGCAAAAGAAAAUGCCGGCGUUUAGAGGCAGACGCGGUUGGUGUGGGUGUUUUCAGGAUGACGAACCGCCUGAAAUUUGUGUGGUUGAAGGAGCUUUCACCCUACAAACUCUAACACCCACACAGCCCAUGCCCUCGGUAGAUGAAUUGGAUACAAAGUUUGCCGAAUUGGUGGAAGAAUUGGAUUUGACAGCACCCAACAAAGAGGCUAUGCUAAGUUUACCACCCCAAAAGAAAUGGCAAAUAUAUUGUUCGCGUAAAUCACCCUUGGACACCAUAGAUGGUGGUCCAUCGAGUAAUAUAAGCCAACCGCCUACAGCCGAACAUUAUGUGGAACGUCUUAAGGACUUGGCCAUGCAUAUAUCUGUCAGUCCGGAAGAUUCUCCGUGUCAUGAAUACAAUGUACGCAUCGAAAGCCAUACACAUUUCCUCGAUGCUUUGAAAACCGCUCUAAGAACAUCGACCCACAGUUUCGUCCUAAGAUUUGUGGAAUUUGAGGGUUUGCCAGCUCUCCUCAACCUAUUGCAAAAAAUGGAUAUACGCGUAGCGAAUAGUCCAUUCCAUACUAGUCUAAUUGGUUGCAUUAAAGCUUUAAUGAAUAAUUCGACUGGACGAGCUCAUGUUUUGGCUCAUCCCACCUCGAUUGAUACCAUAGCCCGCUCUUUGGCGGCCGAUAAUAUUAAAACUAAAGUGGCUGCUUUGGAAAUCUUGGGUGCAGUUUGUUUGGUGCCUGGUGGCCAUCGUAAAGUUUUACAGGCCAUGCUAAAUUUCCAAGAAUUUGCCGCCGAAAGGACUAGAUUCCAAAGCAUUAUUAAUGAUUUGGAUCGCUCCACAGGAGCCUACAGAGAUGAUGUUAAUUUGAAGACGGCGAUUAUGUCUUUCAUUAAUGCUGUGUUAAAUUAUGGCCCCGGCCAAGAGAAUCUGGAGUUUAGGCUGCAUUUGCGUUACGAAUUCCUAAUGAUGGGCAUACAACCCAUCAUAGACAAGUUGAGGAAGCAUGAAAAUGAAACUCUAGACAGACAUUUGGACUUCUUUGAAAUGGUAAGAGCGGAGGAUGAAAAAGAACUGGCUCGCAAAUUUGAACAUGAGCAUGUGGAUACAAAGAGUGCCAGCGCCAUGUUUGAGUUGCUAAGACGAAAACUGAGUCAUUCACCCGCCUAUCCUCAUAUGUUGUCUCUAUUCCAACACAUGCUGUUGCUGCCUUACACUGGCCAUUGUACCCAGCAUUGGUUGCUGUUUGACCGUGUGGUCCAACAAAUCGUUUUACAAACCGAGGGCAGACCUCGCAGUGAUAUUGAUACUGACGAUCCUAAUAAGGAGAAAACCGCUAUUUCCCCUGUACAUGAUCCCGAUGUAUCGCCUUUGGAAAUCAAUGUUUCCAAAUUGGUACAUCUUUUAGUCAAAGAAGAAGAGCUUACCCAGGCCCGCAAGCGAGCCGAUGAAUUGGAGAAGGAAAAUUUCGACAUACAAUCACGUUUAGCCAAAAAAGAACAAGAACUAGACUUGCGCAUGCAGGAAAAGGAAGAUUUGGAGACAGGUCUGGCGCGCAUGCGUGAACGUUUGGAAAAGGAAUCCGCCAAUCAUUCACAAGCAGUACAAAGAGCCCAAACUGCAGAAAUGAAAUUGGAAGAUUUACAACACAAACUAAUGACAGAACAGCAGGAGAGGGCACGUUUAGAAAGAUUAGUUACCGAGGGUAGUAUACCCGAUGACCAAAAGGUGGCUGGCUUGACGGGCUGUAAUGGAGCUGUUUCACCUCCACCACCACCGCCACCCAUGAAAGUUAUACCACCUCCUCCACCACCAAUGAUGGCUGCCCCACCACCACCGCCACCUUGUCCAGGACCACCUCCACCACCCACUAUGACUCAAGCCAUGGCUCCACCAGCUCCUAAACCCGAAGUAGCCAAGAAAAAUGUGCCACAGCCUACGAAUCCCUUAAAGAGUUUCAAUUGGUCCAAGCUCCCCGAUGCCAAAGUUCAAGGUACUGUUUGGAGUGAGUUAGACGAAUCCAAAUGGUAUAACAAUAUCGAGUUGGAAUCUAUAGAUAAGCUAUUUUCCGCCUAUCAAAAGAAUGGAGUUCAACAAGUCACAGAUGGCUCCAUAGAGGAUCUGCGCAUGAUGGGCAGUAAGCCACGCAAUAAAGUUCUCUCAGUUAUUGAUGGUAGACGUGCUCAAAAUUGUACAAUUCUAUUGAGUAAAUUGAAAAUGACUGAUGAAGAAAUCUCCAAAGCCAUAUUAUCUAUGGAUUCAAAUGAACAAUUAGCUUUGGAUAUGGUUGAGCAAUUGUUGAAAUUUACACCAUCCGCCGAAGAAAGAGCUUUAUUGGAUGAGCACAGUGAGGAUAUUGAAUCGUUGGCUAGAGCCGAUCGUUUCUUAUACGAAAUUUCAAAGAUUCCUCAUUACGAACAAAGAUUGAAGAGUUUACAUUACAAGAAACGUUUCAUGAUAACGGUUAAUGAUUUAAUACCACGCAUAACCAGUGUAAUGGAAGCCUCCAGAGAAGUAGCACGCUCCAGACGUUUACGGAAACUAUUGGAACUUGUAUUAGCUUUAGGAAACUACAUGAAUCGUGGAGCUCGUGGCAAUGCUUCUGGCUUCCGUUUGGCUUCUUUGAAUCGUCUGGGUGAUACUAAAUCCAGUGCCGCCAAGGGCACCACACUCUUGCACUUCUUAGUUCAAGUUAUAGAUAAGAAAUUCAAAGAUUUACUCAAACUCGAAGAAGAUAUACCCCAUGUCAGAGAGGCCUCUAAGGUAUCGUUGGGUGAAAUGGACAAAGAUAUACAAAUGUUGCGCACCGGUUUGGCCGAUGUGGCCAGAGAAAUUGAAUUCCAUCGUUCUUCGGGUCCAGCCCAACAGGGUGAUCGUUUCUUGCCCGUUAUGCGGGAAUUCCAUGCCCAAGCCUCUGUUAGAUUUGCAGAAUUGGAAGAUAAAUUCCAAGACAUGAAGACCAGAUUUGAUAGAGCUGUUAGAUUGUUUGGCGAAGAUGGUGCGGUAUUGCAGCCCGAUGAGUUCUUUGGUAUUUUCGAUACUUUCCUAACAACAUUUGGCGAAGCCAAACAGGACAAUGAGAAUUUAAGGAAAAGGCAAGAGGAGGAAGAGAAACGGGCCAAACAAGAGGCCGAAUUAAAGAAACGCACAAUAGAGCGCAAGAGCAAGGAGGGUCUUAUGUCCUCAGUGGCCCGUAACUUGGGUUUGAAGUCAUCCAAUGGUCCCGGCAGUCCCGUCAAGGGUGACAACAAGGGAGAGUUUGAUGAUUUAAUAUCGGCUUUAAGGACGGGUGAUGUUUUUGGCGAAGAUAUGGCCAAAUUUAAAAGAUCACGCAAGACCAGACUUAGCAAUGGCAGUACUUCUCCUCCCCGCCAUGGUCUGCACAGAGAAGAAAGUCGAGAACGUACCGUCAGAAGACAAUAGAUUAAAGAAGAGUCUUAAUAAGAAUCUCGUUAAUAUUACGAAGAAAAUUUAACUGAUGUUUGCCAUCUUUGUAUUUAUUGAUUUUUUUUAAUGGUUUUUUGUUUAAUUUUUAAUUGUUAAAUUCCAUAGAGAUUGUAAAAAACCCCCCCUAAAUUAUAUUAUUGUAAUUAUUACAUAUUUUUAAAACAUGAAAAUAACUCUAUUUAAUUAAGUAUCUUCGAGCAAGAGAAAAUGUUCUUUUUUUAUAACAAAUGAAAGCAUUAAACCAAAAUUAUUUAAAAAUCUAUAUUGUAUGUAUUUAACACUUAAUGAAAAACAAAAAAAAACCCACAAACACACACACUUUUGUAUUAAAACCAUUUAUUAAAUUAGUUUUUUAUUAUAUUUAAAGAAAAGAAAUUAAAGAAAAUGUUUUGAAUUUUGCUGUUUUUGUUUGAGAAAAAGUUUAUGUAGGAAAAAAAAUAAAGACUAAUACAGCAGACAAAUAUUUAUAUUAUAAAUUAAUUAAAAGAGAAAAAUACAAAUUUAAAAGAAGAAGAAAUUGUAUAUGUAAAGUUAAGCAUAUGAAUUAUUAGAAAUUACUUUAUAAAUUAAUAAAAAUAAAACUGAAAACCCCUAUACUAAAA